GGAGACAACAUUUGCUUAAAAACCCAGUUGUUCUCACUGUAGUGUAAAAAUGUUGGUCGUUUAUACUAUUUUUGUUGCCUUUAUAUUCUGUUUUAUACUGAGAUUUUACUGGGUUUUCAUUCGCAAGAAAAGUUUAAAGAACGAAAGAGUCAAACGAAAUGUAAAGACAAUGAUUGUUGCAGGCUCAGGAGGUCACACCAAGGAAAUGUUGACAUUACUUUCAGGAUUGUCUAAAUUUUACUAUCCAAGGAUUUAUAUUGUGGCAAAUUCAGAUGAUAUGAGUAAAGAAAAAAUCCAAAGUGUUGAAAAGCAAGAAUGUUUUAUUGAGAACAUUCCAAGAAGUCGUGAAGUACACCAACCAUGGAUAUCUACAGUUUACACAACCUUAAAAUCUUUUUGGUUUUCUUUCCCUAUUGUUUACCAACAUAAGCCUGAUAUGAUUUUAUGUAAUGGACCAGGGACUUGCAUACCAAUAUGUGCAGCUGCACUUGUUAUCAAGGUGCUGGGAAUGCAUCAUGUAUCGAUUAUUUAUAUUGAAAGUAUUUGUCGAGUUGAAACAUUAUCUUUAUCAGCCAAAAUUCUGUACUAUUUUGCUGAUCAGAUUCUUGUUCAGUGGAAACAACUCGAGAUAAAAUACCCAAGAACACUUUACAUUGGUAAAUUAGUGUAGAAAUAUUUAUAAUUUAUAAUUUUUUGCGCGAUAUUUAGUUUAAUAAACAUUUGAAGUCUAAGAAUAA